AUGGCGUAUCACCCAGACAGAGGAGGAGACAGUACAUCGCCUCUCCUGGCCGAACCAGGGAGGCAGUCUGGAGAGAUAUGGGACGAUGCGGCUGCUGUGGCCAAGCAGGCAGAGAAAGAAGGAGAAUCGAAGAGCAGCUGGUACUUGUUUCUGUUAGCUCUCAGUAUUGGGGGACUACAAAUUGUGUGGUCGGUUGAGUUAUCAAAUGGAUCUCCGUAUUUACUGUCCCUUGGAAUGAACAAGUCUUUACUUGCAUUCGUAUGGAUUGCAGGCCCCCUUACUGGGACUUUGGUGCAGCCCUAUGUAGGGAUCCGAAGUGAUAACUGCCGGAUUAGCUGGGGAAAACGAAAGCCAUUCAUGAUCGGAGGAGGGAUUGCUACGGUUUUCUCCUUGUUGGCGCUGGCUUGGGUACGCGAGAUAGUCGGUGGGAUACUAUCAUUCUUCGGAGCUGCUCCUGAAUCGUCUGGGGUCAAAGUGACCAUCAUCGUGGUGGCCACUCUACUGAUGUACUGCCUUGACUUCGCUAUCAACACCAUACAAGCAGCAAUUCGUGCCUUUAUAGUCGAUAAUGCCCCUGCGCAUCAACAAGAGGCAGCAAACGCAUGGGCAAGCAGGCUUACAGGUAUUGGAAAUAUAGUUGGCUAUAUAUCAGGCUACUUGAAACUCCCAAAGAUAUUCCCAUUCUUAGGGAAUACCCAGUUUAAAGUCCUCUGUGUGAUUGCAUCGAUGUGUCUAGGGCUUACGCUCCUGGCUAGCUGCUUAUAUAUCACUGAACGAGAUCCACGGCUAGAAGGGCCGCCCAAAUCUGAGAACCCGGGAGUUGUCGCAUUUUUCGUGCAAGUGUUCAAGUCUAUACGAAGGCUGCCUCCUCGCGUUCGAAAGGUCUGCGAGGUCCAGCUCUGUGCAUGGGUAGGCUGGUUCCCGUUUCUGUUCUACGCUACAACAUAUAUCGGACAGCUCUACGUCAAUCCAAUUUUCGACAAGCAUCCCAACCUCUCCAAGGAUCAGAUAGAGGCUGCAUGGGAGGCAGCAACUAGGAUAGGCACUUUUGCACUUCUGAUAUAUGCCAUCACUUCGUUUGCUGCAAGCAUCAUCCUGCCCUUGUUGAUUGUCCCAUCAUAUCGACCAUCCGUCACCUCAGAAGACGUCUCUCCCCCUUCAAAUCGACCGUACUUGAGCAGUCGCCCGUCGACAUCCACACUCUCCUUCACUGCAUCAGCAGGUGCUGCUAUCGAACCUACUGCUAUCGAACCAAUCCAUGAUCCCAGAAGGCUAGACGAAGGGGGCAGAUGGUCAUCCAUCCUUUCUAAACUCCAGGUCCCCGGUCUCACUCUGCGCAGGCUAUGGCUCAUCUCGCAUAUUCUGUUCGCUCUGUGCAUGUUUAGUACCUUUUUCGUGUCUUCCCCGGCAGCUGGAACAGCCGUAAUUGCGGUAGUUGGUUUAUCCUGGGCUCUGACCCUCUGGGCUCCCUUCGCUCUUAUCUCUGCGGAGGUUGCACAGCGCGAUGCAGAACACAGACGGCAAAGGCACUCGCUCCGACCUCGGACGGCGUCAGCCCCUAAUCCUAUUGGCUCCCAUCCACGCCCUUUUCAGUCUAACGUUGGAACUCAUGAAAGAGACAUCGACGAGGCCCCUCAUACUAGCGCAGUAGACCAUGAUGCAGGAGAUAAAGAUGAAACAGUUGACCAGGCUGGGGUUAUCCUGGGAAUUCAUAAUGUCUCUAUUUCGUUCCCGCAGAUCGUAUCGACCCUGAUCAGCAGUGUUAUUUUCAAGGCCCUCCAGAAACCACGGGGAGAGCCCUGGGAUGAUAGUGUUGGAUGGGUUCUUCGGUUUGGCGGAUGCGCCGCCCUGGGAGCUGCAUGGUUCACGAGCACUAUGAGUGAUGGUGGUCCAGAGAGCACUGAGGAUGGCUCUGUUUAG